AUGCUGUAGGAAGCAGUAAUUGAGAAUCCAAGUAUAUAUAAUUAGAUAUGGUAGAGGUUCUUGUUGAGAUUUUUGAAUUGAAAUUAAAUAUCCAAGAGCUUUGCAUUUUGCAUAAUUCAUUGAGAGAGUUAUUUAAUAAAUGA